GAGAGAAAAAGAGAGAGAUAUAUAGAAGAAAAAGUUGGGGGUUGAAAUCUCGGUAGAAGUUUAAUCUUUUUGCAGCCAACUUUUUUUAAGCAACAACAACAACAACACUAAGCUACACCAACAUACUGCAGGUUGUAAACUAGAUAGAGAAGUAGCAGAAUAACAUCUACUACUUCUUUAAAAACACAUUAUGUCGACGGCAGCUUUGUACAACGACCAAGGAGGAGCAGAGGCAGCGAUUGAAGCUGGGCAGGAGAGCACACCGACCACCUCCGGCAGCUCCGGAGCAGCUUUUGGACUCUUCAGCUCCGACUUUAAAAAGAAUGAAGACCUUAAAGAGAUGUUGGAGAGCAACAAGGAGUCGCUUAAACUGGAGGCCAUGAAAAGAGUUGUUGGGCUAAUCGCCAAAGGGAAAAAUGCAUCCGAGCUGUUUCCCGCCAUUGUGAAGAACGUCGCGAAUAAGAACAUUGAGCUUAAGAAGCUCGUUUAUGUGUACCUGGUGAGAUAUGCAGAGGAGCAGCAGGACCUGGCUUUACUAUCCAUCAGCACCUUCCAGCGGGCCCUCAAGGACCCAAACCAAUUCAUCCGGGCCAGCGCGCUGAGGGUCCUCUCCAGUAUCCGUGUCCCCAUAAUCGUCCCCAUCAUGAUGCUGGCCAUCAAGGAGGCUGCAGCUGACAUGUCCCCGUAUGUCAGGAAGACGUCUGCCCACGCUAUUCAGAAGCUCUACAGCCUUGACCCAGACCAGAAGGAGCAACUGAUCGAAGUGAUUGAGAAACUGUUGAAAGACAAAAGCACACUGGUGGCCGGCAGCGUGGUGAUGGCCUUCGAGGAAGUGUGUCCGGAUCGCAUUGACCUGAUCCACAAGAACUACAGAAAGCUGUGCAACCUGCUGGUGGAUGUGGAGGAGUGGGGGCAGGUGGUCAUCAUCUCCAUGUUGACGCGUUAUGCCAGGACGCAGUUCACCAGUCCUUGGAAAGAGGGCGCUGAGUUCGAUGAGAACAACGACAAGACGUUCUACGACUCCGACUCUGAGGAGAAAUCAGGCCAGAUGGACGACAAGCCUUACGUCAUGGAUCCAGAUCACAGACUGCUGCUCAGAAACACCAAACCUCUACUGCAGAGCAGGAACACUGCUGUGGUGAUGUCCGUCGCUCAGCUUUACUGGCAUCUGGCCCCAAAACAUGAAGUCAGCAUCGUCACCAAGUCACUGGUUCGACUCCUGAGGAGUCACAGAGAGGUGCAGUACAUUGUGCUUCAGAAUAUCGCCACCAUGUCCAUUCAGAGGAAGGGGAUGUUUGAGCCGUACAUGAAGAGUUUUUAUGUGAGAUCUACAGAUGCCUCUCAUAUCAAAACACUGAAGUUGGAGAUCCUGACAAACCUCGCUAAUGAAGCCAACAUCUCCACCAUCCUGAGAGAAUUUCAGACCUAUGUGAAGAGCCAGGACAAAGCGUUUGCGGCAUCCACCAUCCAGGCCAUCGGCAGGUGUGCCACCAACAUCACCGAGGUGACGGACACCUGUCUCAACGGUCUGGUGCUGCUGCUUUCCAACAGAGACGAGACCGUGGUGGCAGAAAGCGUGGUAGUCAUCAAGAAGUUGCUUCAGACGCAGCCGACCCAGCACAGCGAGAUCAUUAAACACAUGGCCAAGCUCUUCGACAACAUCACUGUUCCCAUGGCCCGAGCCAGCAUCCUGUGGCUGAUGGGAGAGUACUGCGAGAGGGUGCCAAAGAUUGCACCUGAUGUACUCCGGAAGAUGGCGAAGACUUUCACAGCAGAGGAGGACAUUGUCAAGCUGCAGAUUGUCAACCUAGCAGCUAAACUCUACCUGACCAACUCCAAGCAGACCAAGCUGCUGACCCAGUACAUCCUUAACCUCGGCAAAUACGAUCAGAACUACGACAUCAGAGACCGCACUCGCUUCAUAAGACAGCUGAUCGUGCCAAACGAGAAGAACGGCGCCCUCAACAAGUACGCUCGGCGCAUCCUGCUGGCCUCCAAACCAGCCCCGGUGCUCGAGUCUGCCUUCAAAGAUAGAGAUCGUUUCCAACUGGGCACCCUCUCCCACAGUCUCAAUAUCAAAGCCAGUGGAUACCAGGAGCUGUCGGACUGGCCAGCUGUUGCUCCUGACCAGUCUGUGAGGAACGUGGAAGUCAUUGAACCAGUGAAGGAGUGGGCACCGUUGGUCGGGAAGUCCAAGAAAUCCAAAUCUGAUGACAAGUUCUACUCGGACGAUGAAGACGAGAAAGAAAAGGAAGGAUCAGACAGCAGCGGCAGUGAAGACAGCAGCAGCAGCAGUAGCAGCAGCGGAAGUGAUGAGUCGGGCAGUGACAGCGAGGAGGAGGAGAGCAGUGAAGAGUCUGAGAAGAGCUCCGGUGAUUCUGGGAAGAGUUCGGGUGAAUCCGAAAAGAGCUCGAGCGGGUCCGACUUAGACCAAAAGAAAAAGAAGAAAAAGACCAAGAAGGUGCCUCUGAAGAAAAGCAAGCCAACUGCUGCUGACAGUGACUCAGAUGAAAAUGGGAACGGACCUGUAGCCCAAGCCAGCAGUUCAUCAGCCGAAAGCUCCUCUGAUUCAGAGUCGGACUCGGAGGACGACUCGGACUCAGACUCCCCCGCAACACAGAAGAAGAGCGCUGUCAAGUCCAAACCCAAGGUGCAAGUGAAGCCCAAGAAUGAAGUCUCUUUACUGGAUCUAGAUGACUUUUCUCCAGCAAACACAAACACGCCAAAAUCUUCGGUCCUCUCUUCGAGCCUGAUGUCCGACCUGGAAGGCCUCUCUCUCUCCAACGUCUCCUCCGCCAUGCAGGUCACCGCUCCGUCUUUCGGCCCUGUGAAAACCUAUGAGCUGCUUCACCACAUGACGGGAAAAGGUCUGUCAGCGAAGUAUCAUUUCCCCAGACAGCCGUGUCUGUACCAGCCCAGCAUGGUGGCCGUGCAGGUUAUACUGACCAACAGCUCAGACCACAGCCUGGAAGAGAUCCAUAUAGGAGACCGGAGCCCAGCGAGCCUCAACAUCCACUGCUUUAACACUAUCGAGCGGUUGGAGCCAGAGGCCUCGGUGACGGUUUCCAUGGGUAUUGACUUCAGCGACUCGACACAAGCAGCUAACUUCCAGUUGUGCACCAAGGAGGACCAGUUCAGUGUGUCCAUCCAGCCUGCUGUGGGAGAGCUAUUAAUGCCCAGCACCAUGACAGAGCAGGACUUCUGCAAGGAGCAAGGUAAGCUCCUGGGCAUGAAUGAGACCUCGGCAACCGUCACCAUGGCAACAGCGAACGCCUCCAGCCAGGCCAUCAGCAAGCAGGUCCUGUCUGUGGCCAACGUAGGAGAGGUUUCAUCCAGCCAAAACAACUUCCACAGGUUUGCUGGACGGACGGUCAGCAGCGGAGCUCUGGUCCUGGUGUCGCUGGAGCUGAAGGAGUCCUCCACCUGCCUGCUGACCAUCCACACAGAGAAGAGUGUGAUGGCGUCCAUGUUGCUCCGAGACCUCAAACAAGCCCUCGCACAGGCAUAGAGUCCCCCCAACCCCACAAGAUGUUUAGUAAAGGUAAAGGGGGAGUAGCACUUACUUAAAGCAUUCAUAUAUGUUAUUUCUGUGGUUCAGGACAACUCAGGUACUACUUCUACCCCCAAAAAAUACGAGAAACCGAAGAGCUUGAACUCCUGUGCUCACAGAGAAUGAACUGGAAACAAUGGAGGAGCGCUCGUGUAGUGUUUCUUAUUUUUAUGGUCUGUCGCUUUGGAGAAGAUUGUCCUGAACCACAGAGAUAACUUUGUGAAAGUCUUUGAAUAAAAAGUGAUGAUCUCCUUUUAAAAAAA